CGAAGAGCAAACGAACGAAAUGGAUCGGAGUGUAGCGGAUAAAAUGAAAAUUAUUAAGAAAUUAAGAAAAAUCUACUUGUGAAAUUUAAGAAUAUUGUGAAAAUAACAACAAAAAUUUUAUAAAAAGGGUAAAUGCAAGUUUGGAGAAGCCCAAGACAAACCUUAAUUAGUGAAAAAUGAUGUAUUUUCUAAGGGCCAAAAGAAAAUGAGAUGAGAAAAAAAAUUGUUGUGGAAAAAAGUGAAGCCUAUAUGUGUGUACGUUUGUGGUGCUGCAAAUGAGUGUAUAUGAUUGCGUGUAUGUGCAGAAAAAAGCAAAUAGAAAAGUAAUUGAAAAUUUUCAAGGAAAGAAUUCUCGCCGUUGCUGAUAAAUAAAAGUGAAAUUUUGCAAGAAUUCACAGUGAUAAUGGCCAGCCCCCCAAUCCAAAAUAGAUUUAAUUAAACAACAAACACACACGCACACACACAAACACACAUCUCACGUAAAACAGCAGUGGAAAGAAAAUCUAAUUGUCAAUUGUGUGUACGAUAGUUAUUUUGUUUGCAGUAUGGUAACUCUGAAACCGGUUACCUGUCACAUAAAAUACUAGACAUGGCAACACUGUUUACUUUUAGUUAUUCUUUCAUUCUCAUUUGUUCGUAACAACAAUUUUAUGAAAUAAAUAUCUUCAAUUCUUAUUGUAUUUGUUCGCAAAAGGGGAGAAAAGUAAGUGGGAGCAGUGUAAUUUUUUCGUAAAAAUUUUAAUAAAAGUGAAUGCAUGUUAAUAACAAGGAGUGUGAGAGAGAAAAGCCAUUAAAAUGCGUUUCGGUUUUCUGCAAAAAAGCACAGCUUAAUGUCAAAGACACUUGUGAAGAAGUUUUAGUUUUCCGUGUGUAUCUCACUGCGCCACCUAACGCCAUAGGGAACUCCCUCCGGCGCCUCUUGGCUCUUCAAUAUAUUUCGCAGUGUUUCUUUUUGUUGGUGCUUUCAUUUCAUUAAUAUCUUCUAUAGUUAAUAUAGGUAAAAUUGUCAUCCUUGGAGAGAAGAGAGUGAACAUUUCUUCCAUUCACUUAACGGGAGGAGACACAACAAAAACAACAAAGUGCAAAUAUAUAUGAUUUUUACAGAAGAAAACAACAAAGAUAGCCUUUUUUUUGAUUGGCAAACGGGAGAGUGGAUACGAAUUGUGCAAGGAAUGAAUGAAAAGCGAGAGUAACAAGAGUAACCAACAAAAAUAAUAGAAAGACAAAACGUCAACGUGAAUAAAAUGUGGAAUUUUUUUCUUCAGAGUGCAUGUGCAAAUUAACAAAAAAUAUAAACAGGUGAUGAAUUUGGUUUAAGUGAAAAAGAAUAUCCUUUGUCUUGGACACACAACGUGCAGCAAAGAGUAGCAUACAAGAAAACGGAUUAUUUCCUUUACUAAAGUGAAAGAGUGAAUUGUGAUUCUAGUCAAAAUUGACAGACGUUUUUGCAGGCGGCGGAACACAUUGUUGGGAAGACCAGGCGAAAAAAAAAACGUGAAGUGUUUCGGCAUUGUUUUUUGUUUAACUCCAAGUAAUGGAUACUUUGUUCGUUUCACACCACCAUCAUAUCCUGCUCUACUAAAAACUCAUCCAGUCUGAGGAACAAGACAUCGUCUCGUCGUAAUUGCCUUUGUGCUCCGUCAUUGUGUCUGCCAAGAAAAUCGAAAACAAAAAAUAGCCAAGGGAAGCAAUAAAAUUGCAAGCCAUCGCCCUCUUUGUAAAAAAACAACAACAGUUCACACUAACUACCAUCGAAUUUAAGCAUAAAAAAGCUAGACAGGCAAACAAAAGAAAAAAAUAAAAAGAAGUCACGAGGAGGAUUCAUAAUUCAUGUGGGCAUUCUAGGUUUUACAUCCAUCCCUUCUCCUAGAUGUUGAACACUUUUACACCUGUCCCCCAGAACAAUAAACACCGGCAAUAUUAUUAACAUCGGUAGGAAAAAUAAUUUGCAAUCGCCAUUUCAUCACCACUCACAUUCACAUCGAUUGCCAAAGACGACAACAUCACAAUCGCCUUGGUGGUCGCCGUCAUCGUUGUCCUCCACUUCACCACAGUCAUCAUCAGCAUUAACCCCUUCGUCGUCGACGUCGUCUUCGUCACCAACAGUUGUAUCGUCAGUGACCAAGCAGCACAUCAAUUCAGCCAGCAUUAGCAGCAUCAACGACAGCAGUAGCAGCAGCGGCGGCGGUGGCAUCGGUAGCAGUAGAGCUAGCAGUACCGACAACAAAAUGCCCAAAUGCGAUGUUAAAACACGUUACAUUCCUGCGACUUUCGCCUGGAUUUUAUUAUUGACCACAACAUUUCUCUUCUUCUUUUAUCCCUGCCAAUAUUACUUAAAAAGUCAUCCAUGGGUACCGGCGUAUCAGGGUGUUAUAACGUUUUUUGUCUUGGCCAAUUUUACAUUGGCGACAUUUAUGGAUCCAGGUGUAAUACCAAAAGCUUCCCCUGAUGAAGAUCGAGAAGAGGAGUUUCGGGCGCCUCUAUACAAAAAUGCCGAAAUCAAUGGGAUUACGGUGAAAAUGAAAUGGUGUGUCACCUGUAAAUUCUAUCGACCACCAAGAUGCUCACAUUGUUCCGUGUGCAAUCAUUGCAUAGAGACAUUCGAUCAUCACUGUCCUUGGGUGAAUAAUUGCAUUGGACGUCGAAAUUAUAGAUUUUUCUUUUUCUUUUUGGUUUCAUUGUCGAUACACAUGUUAAGCAUAUUUUCGUUAUGCUUAUUUUAUGUAUUAAAAAUUAUGCCAAAUAUAAGGCAUACAGCACCAAUAGUAUCUAUGGUAUUAAUGGGUAUUGUAACAAUAUUAGCUAUACCCAUAUUUGGUUUGACCGGCUUCCACAUGGUACUGGUCUCGCGGGGUCGCACCACAAAUGAACAGGUGACAGGUAAAUUCAAAGGUGGCUAUAAUCCAUUUUCCCGAGGUUGUUGGCAUAAUUGCUGCUACACUCAAUUCGGUCCUCAAUAUCCAAGUCUUCUCAAACCCGAUAAAUAUGCUGCACGUCGUUCUCAUAAAGAAAAUCAAGCCAUUAGCACGAUAACCACUGAACGUGAUGCUAACAAUCAACAAAAUUCGGCCGGCAGUAUUCGUGGCAAACCAGGUGCUGGCGGUGGCAAUGGCGGUGCGGGUGGUGGCGGCGGUGCCGGUGGUAUGCCAUCGGCCAAUAAUCAACAUUCACCCCAUGGAAUGCCUCGCAAUUAUUACGAUAGGGACCAGCGUCAUACACAGGUAAAGACUUAUACGGACCAGGGCAAUGGUUUUAAUCAGCGGUCGGGCAGCACAACGCUUUAUAGUAAGUUAUCGCCCGGUCGUGAAUGUUCCGAUACCGAUAUGGAACCGCAAGCAUCACAGAGUCAAGAUUGUGAACCAACACCGCCACUACAACGACACAAUUCAACCAAUUUCUUUUUACCCCAAAUGGAGAAUGUCAAUGGGACAAUAUCAACGGGGCAGGGUAAUGCGGGCCAGAAUAAUGGUGGCGGUGAUUCGCCGCGUCACAUGCGCAUGUAUCAUCCCCGGCAUAGUCCCUUGGCGAGACAGAGGGGUCUAGAUCCACAGCGUGGUUUCAAUGAUGCCAUGUCACCAGAUCAUCCAAAUCACAUAAGUCAGCAACAACAACAACAGCAGCAGCAACAAGCACAAAAUCGUACGGGGACAACGGCUACACCCACCAUGCAGCAACGCAUGAAACCCUUGGGUGUAGCCACUCCACUAGUUAUGGCUAGUCCAGUUAGAAGAUCAAAUCCUGGCACACCCACACAGCCAAGAAGGCCGGAUUUUAUUGGUUUGAAUCAGCAGCAGCAACAACAACUUGCCAAUUCACAAAAUCCAACACAAUCCUAUUAUGAGUAUACCACAAAUGUUGGUCCCGGGCCGGGUUCUUCGUCCUCCUCAUCGGCGGGCUUGCCGCCACAGCAUCCGCAGUUACCCACGAUACAGCAGCAACAACAAAUGCUAAUGCAGCAACGUGCCAUAAUGCAGCAACAGCAACAAGGGGCUAUUAACAUUCAACAACAACAACAUGCAGCUGCAUUGGCCCAACAGCCAUACGGAGGCAGUCCCCAGCGUCGUUUUCUGUCCGAGGGAGAAUUGGUGCGUCAAAGCAGCGGUGCCAUGGGACCGACAAUGGGUGAUCUGGCCUAUGCUCGCUCCAACAAUACCGUUGAUAACAUACGGGAACUAGCCGGCAGUCCCCAGAGAGGAGUCUACAUGUGGAAGGACACAUCUCCAGGUUUCCAAAAUAGCACCGGUGGUGGUGGCGGCGGGGGCAUGAUGAUGCCACCACCAUCUUCAAUGGCAGGCGGAGUAGGCUUAGGAGGUAUUGGCAGCAGUGCGGGCACGAUGCCAACCAGCAUGCAACAUCACAGUACAGGCGGGCCUCAAUACAUAACCGUAACAGGUGGAGCACAACAGGGUCAUCCCCUAAUUAUGACACACUCGCGCAUGCAGCCUGGUGGCGGUGUGGUUCAUGACUUCCAACAGCAACAUCAGCAGCAGCAGCAGCAACAACAGAUGCAUGGAGGAGGUGUAUUCCAUCGUUCAAAUCCAACUAGUCCCACAACAUUGCCUUCGGCCUCAACAACAGCUUCCGCACCAGCCUAUAUGCUACGCUAUGGCGGUGGGACUUCAACGGUGACAUCACAAUCCCAACCCCAACCCAUGGCCAGCUAUAGUCAAGCUCUGGGCUCCGGUAGCACCGGCAAUGCCGGUGGUCCUGCAGCCAGCUGUUCACAAAACUAUCAACCCAAAAUCCAUGGUGGUGUUCCCGUCUUUCCACCCAAUCCUCCGCCAGCUGGCAUGUCAUCCAAUACACAACCUUCGCCUCAAAUCAAACGCAAACAGACUCCCACCCGACCCAUGUCCUUUGUCAGAGCACUCGAAAUGACAGACUCUAUGGAAAUGCAAACGCUUGAGCAGCAGCAGCAACAACAACACCAUCAUCAACAUCAGCAGCAACAACAAAAUCGCAACAAUGGUGCCAUUAUAACGGGACAAGGUGGCGGAGCUGCCCAGCACAUAAUUGGCUCGCGGGCAAAUACCACCACGCCCACACCCGAUCGUGCCAGUGUGUAUGACAUGAACUAUGAAAUUUCUGUAUAACCCGUGCUGGUACCGGUCGUUAUAGCCCCACCUGCCUCCGCGGCGACGUCACUGCACAAUGUCUAUGGCCACAAAAAGUUGAUGGCCGCAAAUAGCAUAGGCAGUGGCGGCGUAACAUUUAUGGCCGCUGGUGGCGGCGGCGGUGGGUGUUCAAUGGCCAAAAAACCACUUAUCAUCAACAACAUGAAUAGCACCAGUGAGAGUAGCAGCAGUAGCGGAAAUAGUGGCGGUGGUGUGGGUGGCCUUGGCAGUGGCAGUGGUGGUAAUGUUAUUGUUGGUGUUGGCGUUGGUGUUGCCGCUGCUGCAGCAACAUCCAUACCAGAAGAGCCGGCUGCCUAUGCUUCUGUGGCUGUGGUAAAUGUCAACGCUACAAAUGGUACAAGUAGCCAUAGUGUAAGACAACCGAACAAAAGAAAAUUUUCCACUUUUUUCUAAAAGCAAACAAAAAAAAGAA